AAGAAAAGAAACGAAAAAAAAGUAGUAAAUACUGAUCGGAGAAAGUCACAAUCAGAGUUCACAGACAAAGCUGCCCUUUUCGCGAUGCACCUUUCAGCUCUUUUUUCUCUCUCCCUCUCAACAAAAACCCUAAGAAUUACUCGGUCCGGGAUUUCCAACAGAAGUUAGGCUUUUAGGUCCAAAUCUCCAUACUUAGAUGGAAUCGAAUUGGAUAUAAUUGAAAUUUUUGAGAAGUGGAUAUCUUUCAGGUUUGGAGGAUAACGUUCGGGAGAUUUGUGCUUUUUGUAUUUUUGGUUGGAAGGGCUUGUUGUAAUGGAAGCAGGGUCAGGUUACAACUCUGUUCCUCCUUCAACCUCUUUUGAUAAGUCCAGAGUCUUGGAUGUGAAGCCCCUGCGCAGUUUAAAACCAGUUUUCCCAAGUGCAUCUGAAAUUCCUCCUUUUGUAUGCGGCCCACCUAAUGGCCCUUUCCCUUCUGGAUUUACGCCGUUUUACCCAUUUAGUGUCUCACAAGGAUCUCCAAUGCAGAUGCCAAUGGGUCCUGUACCGACUCCUCUGCGAGCGUUUCGAAGCACCCAAUCACCAGAAUCUUCGAGAGCAUUUGAUGGGGACGAUGGGAUGGACGGGAAUGCAGAUGGUUAUUUUGAUGGUCAAAAGCGUGGAGCUCCCUUGCGUGGCUCCAGCUCUUCGCAGAGGAAGACACCGAAGAAUCGGGAUACUAAACCUUCCCUCUCCUAUGCUGCCAGGAAAGCGUCAGUUACAGUUUUUGUUGGUGAUAUUAGUCAAGUUGAUAGGGAUGACGGUAACAGGGAAGUGGUUAAUCGCGUGCUUAUGAGAUUUGAUGCACUUCGGAGAAGGCUCAGCCAAAUGGAAGAUGCCAAGGAACUAAGCAAUGGGAUUAUCAAGCGAGCGGAUUUAAAAGCUGGAAAUCUUUUGAUGAGCAAAGGGAUCCGCACAAACAUGAGGAGGAAGAUUGGAGCUGUGUCUGGAGUUGAGAUUGGGGACAUCUUCUUUUUUCGUAUAGAAUUGUGUGUGGUGGGAUUACAUGCACCGUCUAUGAGUGGUAUUGACUAUCUUAUUGUCAGGGAUGCAUUGGAUCAAGAGCCAGUGGCUGUGAGCAUUGUUUCGUCUGCAGAAUAUGGUGAUGUGGAGGAUGGGGAUAUUCUUAUUUAUAGUGGUCAGGGUGGGAAUUUUGGUAAGAGAGACAAACAAGCAACUGAUCAGAAGCUUGAAAGGGGUAAUCUCGCUUUGGAGAGAAGCUUUCAGCGGGGCAAUGAAAUUAGAGUUGUCCGGGGUAUCAAAGAUGUUGCUAAUCCAGCAUCAAAGGUCUAUGUCUAUGAUGGGCUUUAUAAAAUUCAAGAGUCAUGGACUGAGAGGAAAUCUGGUUGCAAUAUAUUCAAGUACAAAUUUGUGAGGAUGCCGGGGCAGCCUGUUGCGUUUGCUGCUUGGAAAUCAAUUCAGAAGUGGAAGGAAGGAUUCUCUUCAAGGGUUGGACUUAUUCUUCCUGACCUCACGUCAGGGGCUGAAAAUAUACCUGUUUCACUUGUAAAUGAUGUUGAUGGAGAGAAGGGCCCUGCUCAUUUCACUUAUUUUCCCUCUCUCAAGUAUUCGAAAUCAUUUGACUUAACACAGCCUUCUUUUGGAUGCAACUGCCGUAAUGCGUGCCAACCAGGUGAUCCUGACUGCUCUUGCAUUAGGAAAAAUGAAGGUGAUUUUCCAUAUACUUCAAACGGGGUUCUUGUGGGCCGAAAGCCUUUGAUACAUGAAUGUGGUCCCACAUGCCCUUGCUUUCCUAACUGCAAAAACCGAGUUUCCCAGAGUGGUUUGAAAGUUCACUUGGAAGUUUUCAAAACAACAGAUAGGGGCUGGGGCCUGCGGUCAUGGGAUCCUAUUCGCACUGGUACUUUUAUAUGCGAGUAUGCAGGUAUAGUUAUUGACAAAGGCAAGGGAAAGCAGGGUGGGGAGGAAGUUGAAAACGAUGAGUAUGUUUUUGAUACAACCCGCGUUUAUAACUCAUUCAAGUGGAAUUAUGAACCUGCGCUAUUGGAGGAGGAAAGUUCUAAUGACUCUGAAGAGGAGUACAAAAUUCCAUCUCCCCUAAUCAUAAGUGCUAAGAAUUUGGGAAAUGUAGCACGAUUUAUGAACCAUAGUUGCUCUCCAAAUGUUUUUUGGCAGCCGGUUUUGUAUGAACACAAUAAUCAAUCCUUUCUUCAUAUUGCCUUUUUCGCAAUUAGACAUAUCCCCCCAAUGACAGAGUUGACUUAUGAUUAUGGGACUGCUCACUCUGAUGAGGCUGAGGGCAGCAGUGCACUCAAUCGGAAAAAGAAAUGCUUAUGUGGUUCAUCAAACUGCCAUGGUUAUUUUGGUUAGUUGCAUAACUGCAGAAACGCAUGGUGCCGGCAAACAGGGUCCUGGCUAUAAGCUACACCAAUCAGGGUAAAUAACAGGCCUGUUGGGAGUCAGUCAAGGCAAAAAUUCAUGUUCAAUGGCGAUACAUUUUCCAUAAUCACGAUCCAGCUUAACUAGUUAGUUAUCUGCUAUGGGCUUAGAUAUUUGCUUUCAACAAAUGCUUUACCCCUUCUCCUGAAUUAGAGGUUCUUUUCUUUCUAGGUGUGUUGUUUCUGAAUAGUGAAAAUCACUGGUUCGUGUAGUAUAAAUCCAUUGUACAUGGAAUGGCCAUGACUAUCACCCUGAAAGACUUUUCCAUUUGUAGUCUGUAUUUUGUAACUGUUAAGAAUUCUGCCGUUGUAGACUUGUAGUUGUAUUAGCAAAGCUUUCCCAGUAUGCUGUGAUCAUAACAGCAUUUGGACACAAAAAUAAGAGUGAUUUUUUUUUUUUAAA